UUACCUUUUAUUAGUCCACUCACAACCCAGGGAUCACAACAAACUCAGCAGCUACAGAAGCAUUAUGGCAUUACCUCACCUAUCAGUUUGGCUGCCCCUAAGGAAUCUGAUUGUGCACUUACCCAGAAAUUAAUUGAAACGCUAAACCCCUAUGGUGUAUUUGAGGAGGAAGAGGAACUGCAGCGCAGGAUUCUAAUUUUGGGGAAAUUAAACAACCUGGUAAAGGAAUGGAUACGUGAAAUCAGUGAAAGCAAGAAUCUUCCACAGUCUGUAAUAGAAAACGUUGGAGGAAAAAUUUUUACAUUUGGAUCCUACAGAUUAGGGGUGCAUACAAAAGGUGCUGAUAUAGAUGCAUUGUGUGUUGCACCAAGACAUGUGGAAAGAAGUGACUUUUUCACCUCGUUUUAUGAAAAAUUGAAGCAACAAGAAGAAGUGAAAGACUUGCGGGCUGUUGAAGAAGCAUUUGUCCCUGUUAUCAAACUGUGCUUUGAUGGAAUUGAGAUUGAUAUUUUGUUCGCGAGAUUAGCGCUGCAAACUAUUCCCGAAGAUCUAGACCUUCGAGAUGAUAGUCUACUUAAAAAUUUAGACAUUAGAUGCAUACGAAGUCUUAACGGUUGCCGGGUGACCGAUGAAAUUCUGCAUCUAGUACCAAACAUUGACAACUUCAGGUUAACACUGAGAGCUAUCAAACUGUGGGCAAAACGCCACAACAUCUAUUCCAAUAUAUUAGGUUUCCUUGGUGGUGUUUCCUGGGCUAUGCUAGUAGCAAGAACUUGCCAGCUUUAUCCAAAUGCAAUAGCAUCAACUCUUGUACAUAAAUUUUUCUUGGUAUUUUCUAAAUGGGAAUGGCCAAAUCCAGUGCUAUUGAAACAGCCAGAAGAAUGCAAUCUUAAUUUGCCUGUAUGGGACCCAAGGGUAAACCCCAGUGAUAGGUACCAUCUUAUGCCUAUAAUUACACCAGCAUACCCACAGCAGAACUCUACCUACAAUGUGUCCGUUUCUACACGGAUGGUCAUGGUUGAGGAGUUUAAACAAGGUCUUGCUAUCACAGAUGAAAUUUUGCUGAGUAAGGCAGAGUGGUCCAAACUUUUUGAAGCUCCAAACUUCUUUCAAAAGUACAAGCAUUAUAUUGUACUUCUAGCAAGUGCACCGACAGAAAAGCAGCGACUAGAAUGGGUGGGCUUGGUGGAAUCAAAAAUUCGUAUUCUAGUCGGAAGCUUGGAGAAGAAUGAAUUCAUUACACUGGCUCAUGUGAAUCCUCAGUCAUUCCCAGCACCCAAGGAGAAUCCUGACAAGGAAGAAUUUCGUACAAUGUGGGUGAUUGGGUUAGUGUUUAAGAAAACUGAAAAUUCUGAAAAUCUAAGUGUUGAUCUUACAUAUGAUAUCCAGUCUUUUACAGACACAGUGUAUAGGCAAGCAAUAAACAGCAAGAUGUUUGAGAUGGAUAUGAAAAUUGCUGCAAUGCAUGUAAAACGAAGGCAACUUCACCAACUGCUACCUAAUCAUGUGCUUCAGAAAAAGAAAAAGCAUUCAACGGAAGGGGUCAGAUUGACAACGUUGAAUGACAGCAGCCUAGACUUAUCUAUGGACAGUGAUAACAGCACGUCUGUGCCUUCUCCUACUAGUGCUAUGAAGACAAGCCCAUUGAACAGUUCUGGAAGUUCUCAGGGCAGAAGCAGUCCUGCUCCAGCUGUAACAGCAACAUCUGUGACCAACACACAGGCUUCUGAAGUCACUGUGCCACAAACAAAUUCCAGUGAAAGCUCAGGGGGUACUUCAGGUGAAAGCAUUCCUCAAACUGCCACACAGCCAGCCAUUUCUCCACCACCAAAGCCUCCCAUCUCUAGAGUUCUUUCUUCAACACGUCUGGUAAAUCAGACACCAAGAACUGCAGGAAAUACAGCAACAAAAAUACCAAGCCCAGUUGUUGGAGUGAAGAGAACAUCUUCUCCUCAUAAAGAAGAGUCUCCUAAAAAACUAAAAACAGAAGAGGAUGAAAUAAAUGAAGAUGUGAGUUGUCUUGAUGCAGGUGAUCAUGAUACAAUGGAAAUUAAGGAACAACUUGAAACAGAAACUAAUAUUACUUCCCAAACAGAAACUGUGCAGACAACAGCAUCUCUGCAAGCUCCUCAGAAAACGUCCAGUACAGACCUUUCAGAUAUCCCUGCUCUCCCUGCAAAUCCUAUUCCUGUUAUCAAGAAUUCAAUAAAACUGAGAUUGAAUCGGUAAAGAAAAAACAACCUCAGGGGUCCAUAAACAAUAUCUGCCAACUCAACCUGUUGUCUUCUAAUGCUAAAAAAAAAAAGGAGAACGGAGGGUGCAAGACUAAAACAAGACUGCAAAUGGAUUUAGGUAUAUUUUGUGCACUUCCCUUACUGGGCUGUAAUCACCACUUGAUUGGAAGUCCAGGUUAGGAUGUGAAGCCAGGAGUACUAUUAAUGUGUUAGCAACAGUUGCAUUUAACUAUUUCGAAGGAUUACUGCCUUUAAAGAUAAACAUGAACACUAUUUGUAGCCAUACUUGACAUUCUGAUUAGAUUUAUGUUUGAUGCAUUGUUUGAAAAAAUAAAUUGAGAUAAAACUGGCAUAUAAGUAUCCCUUAAAUGCACUUUUAUGUACUUUUUUAUUGGAGUAUGACUAAUUUUAGAUCUUCAGCUGAUAUGCUUUCAUUUUUACUGAAGAAUCUCUUCAAUACUAACAAAUCUGCAAAUUGGACAACGUUCUAUGAUAUUCUGUACAUUGAAGAAAAAGUGUAUGGUGUAUCUAGUUCUACUAUCAACAAGUAGCAGUAAACCUUUAAAAUAAAAUGUCAAAUCUUGAGGUUAUAUGACAUGUUGAGAAAAUAAUUGGGAAGUAUUUGAUGGGACAUAAAUAAGAUGUGGUUUAUUUUUAUUUAUAGGAUUAUUUUAUGGUGCAUACAAAUCAGCGAUCAAACAGCAAAUAAACUUUCCUUUGAGCUAAUUAAACUUGUUAUUCCCUUUCUGAUCCUACUUCUAUAUUUCUUGGGAAAAGCUUUUCAUUUAGUUGGGUUUUUUUGUUGGUUUUUUUUGUUUGUUUUGCAGCUUGUAUGCACAAAGUAAGAAAUUGUUUUGAAAGCAAUCUCUUAUGUAAAGUCACAGUGUUAGGUACAUACACCCAGUAACUUGUAGCCCCAAGGCACAAACUCCAAAUUUUUGUCCCAUGGCUAAAACUUCAAAGUAAAUAAACUGUGCCUGUGAAGCGUAACACCUGUUGUGAUGGCCUAUUGAUCACUAAAUAUAAGAUAAUUUUUGUACACUCCAUGGAAGUCCUGUCUGCAUUAAGAAGGUCCAAAUUUUAAAUUAAGUCAAAAUAUUGUUCCCCAAAGAUUUUAACCUUUUUUUAGUUUUAGAUGGCUCAUCAAAACUAGUUUUACAUACUGAACAACAUUGACUUUUAAAAUCAUAUUUCUAGUAAGCACUUGGCAUCUAGUAAACUCUGUUUAAGCCUUUCUUUUGUUCUGUAGUCCUGUCACAAAUUUAGAAACAUUUUUUUUUCUUUAAAAGAACUGACUCUCAUGGAUAAGCAGCAGAACACCAGUGUCUAGGGAACAUGAGUGAUGUCAGUGAUAAUACCAGAUGUAGAUAAAAAACUUCAUGUUACUAUUACUUAGUCUGAAAUAAAUGGGAUGGUAAAUCAUAGUUCCCAUAUUUUCCGAUUAGCAUGUUUUAUAAACUCCCUGCUCCCAUUGUGCUCCAUCCUAUUACAUGUGCAUCUUUCAUGUUAAAACUAAAUUACUUACACUCUUCCCCUUAUCCUUUUAAAUUAAUUUUCCAAAGUCAGAGUGUAGCUUGCCUUUCUUUUUUUUUUCCCCCUUAGGCUGUGCAGUAACAGAACUUUUUUACUUUUUUUGCCAUUUGUCUAAGAUGUCUAGUAUACAAUAUUUCUCUCUUCCUUGCCCUGUGCAGCCUACUGUUGUCCACCCCCCAAAGAAGGUUAUACUAACAUUUGAAGUGUACAAGGUGUCUGUGUAUUUUGUGUAGCUAUGGAGUUUAGAUCGAAAUUGCCAGGCACAAAUUUAGUCUUGUCGUUUUGUUUACACUUUCGGAAAUCUUUUUUUCAUUUUAUUAAACGUUUCAUGUAACUGCACCCAAGUUUUGCCAAGCUGGAAACUUGGAAUCUUUCUGUAUAGUGACUUUUUAAUUCUAGUUUUCAUAACCUGGAGAUCAGACUGUUGCUUUCGCAUGAUGUACGUAGUGUCUCAUGACUGGAGUUUGCUUUGUUUUAUAGUAUCUGUACUCCUUGUAUUUUUCAAGAGCUAUUUUGUAAACAGAUGAUGUAUUUCUCCAUUGAAAACACAAUAAAAAACAGCACAAUCCCA